AAAUUAUUAAAAAAAACGGUAACACUAAAGAUAUUUUUACAUUCAUUCACACGCACACACGCGCUCAUACCAAACCCUAAUCCUGCGCAUUUCUAAGGUCCUCCUUUCUCUAUCACUUUCCCGGAAAAUCCUCUCAAUUUCCCUGGAAAAUUCAUCCUCCAUUUUCUCACUUCACUCUAUCUCCUCCGAACUACGCUUCACUCUUCUCACGAAUUAACUAUGGCGGACGACGGCGUUUCCAACGGCGUAGAGGAUCAGCACGAGGAAUCCGUGACGAAGAUCUCAGCGUUGGAGCGCGUGAGAGACGAAUUGCUGAGCGAGAACGCGGAGAAGAAGGAGCAAAUCAAUAAGCUGACGGCGGAACUCGAGGAACUGAGGAGCAACGGUGCGGAAAUGAGGGAAAAGAUCGAAGAGAUGCAGGCAGAGGUGGAGAGGUUGCAGGGUUCAGCGAAAGCUGCGGAGGUUAUUGCAGCCAGGGCGGCGGACCUUGAGACGCAAGUGGCGAGGCUUCAGCAUGAUAUGAUAACGGAUAUGAGUUCUGUGGAUGAAAUGAAGAAGGAAGCCGAUGAAUUGAAGGUGGUUUUGAAAGAGAAAGAGUCUAGGGUUGAAAAUUUGGUGAGGGAAGUUGAAGAGUUGAAGAAGGUGAAGUUGGAGAGUGAGGCGAGGUUGAGGGAUUUGGAGAAGAAAAUUGGUGUUCUUGAGAUGAAGGAAAUUGAGGAGAGGAAUAAGAGGAUUAGGGUUGAAGAGGAGUUGAGGGAUAAGAUUGGUGAAAAGGAUAGGGAAAUUGAGGGUUUUAGACUUAAGGUUGAGGGAUUCGAGAAGGUUGCUGCUGACAAGAAAGACGAAUCAGGGGAAUGGUAUAAGGAAAAACUAAGUUUGGAGAAAGCACUUAAAGAAUCUGAGGAGAAAGCAAAGGCCUUUGAAUUGAAUAUUAUUCAAUUGCGCGAGGAAGCAGGGGAAGCUGAGAAGAUCAUCAGAUCACUGAAUGAAAAAGCUGUUGAGAUUGUCGACAGAGACUUAAAUGGCAUACACGGUGAAGAGGAUGAUUGUAAGUUGCAGUGGCCGAUCAUAGCAGCGGGAGCAGGAUCUACAGUAGCUGUUGUUGCAGCAGCAGCUUUGAUCUAUGUGUACUGUGGAAAAAGGAGGUGAUUUUUCUUUGAUGGAAGAGUAACAGAGGAAGAAGGGGAAUUUGAAUGGGAGGUUGUAGAGGUUAGAUUUGCCGGUCUUUUACCCACAAAUAUCCUUCAAUUUUGUUUUGCCUUAAAAUAAUGCAUCUCUGGCUUUUGUUUUUAAAGCCCGUUAAUUUUUUGAUAUAUGUCAAAGUUGACAUACUGGUUUGGUUGUUGGUUGCUUAUUUUCUAAGGAUUAAAACCAUUGUGUGUGUUGGAGCAAUGCUCUGAUUAACUGCAGUUACUAGGUUUUUAUUGUACUGAUUACAAGUCUACUAUAGUUACCUUGGAAGUUUGGAUUUGAAAAAUAAUAAAUAGAAUGUUAAAUUGAGAUUUUGAUA